AUGUAAAAGUUCAGGAAAUUAUUUUGUGGGUUCUGUAAUUAAACCGAAUCAAUAAGCACUUUUUAUGAAUUGAAGAAUAUUAUGAAUCCCCCAACUCCUGAAAAUUUUCAAAGAUUGUUACUCACAGUUUAAUAGAUGAUUAAAUCUAAUCCCAUCAAUUGGAAAUUUAUGCAUCGGAUUUAAUUAUUGGAGGACUAAUUUAAUUUGGGAUUAGAUAUACCCAACCUCCUUUCUAGGCUUAAAGAUCAAACUAUUGACCCUUACAAGCAAUAAUUUGUGAUUGAUAUUAUGUAAUCAUACUUUAGGAAAGAUGAAGAAUUAUUUAAGGAUUUGUUUAACCAAUUAUUAAGAAUGGAUGAGAUACUCUUUACGACUUAGUUAAAAAUGCUAUAGACAUACUAUUAAUAUCCAGAAUUUUUUGAUCAAGAUAAAGUAUUGCCAAAAUUAAUUCAGAAUAUGAUAGUUUAAGAGGAUUUGGAAAGCUAUGAUUUAGUAAGUGCAUUAGAGGUAUUCUCCUACAGUCCUUCCUAAUUAACUGAAAAAAAUAGAUAAUUGCUUUAAGAUCUCAAGGAGAAAUUGAAUCAAUAAGUAAUCAAAAUAAUUCCAGCUCUAGGAUAAAGAUAAUAUAGAGAAUUAAUUAUUAACUUAAGAUCUAAAGAGUAUUACAAUGAGGAAUUAAAAUAGGCUGUUUUCUAAUAUUUUCAUGACAAUAAAGAAAUUCUUGGAUAAUCAACUUUGUUAGAAUUGCUAAAUCUGUGCAAUCUAAACCUCUAUAUUAAUGAUGAUCUCAAGUAUCAAAUCUUAAUUUAGAUAAAUUUCCUGAAAGUAAAUGCGGUAAAUGAGUCAAAAUUAAUCAAAAAAAUUGUGUUGCCUUCAGCUGAACAAGAGAUGAUGGCAAACCUUAUCACUUUGUCAGGUAUACAGUUGGAUAGGGAGUAUAUUGACUCACAUUUUAUAGGUAGUAAUUCUUAGAAAAGAGAAUAGCUUAUAAAACUUGAACGUAAGGAUGGGCAAAUCUCCCAAAUAGUUCAAUAAAUCUUGAGAUAUAUAGAUGGUUAAUUUAACACAUACUUAAAUGUCAUACAAACAAUUUAAACUUUUGAAUUAUUGCUCCCAGAAUUGCUUUAACCAAUGAUUGAGGAAUUGAAGAGAAUAUUAACGAAACAAGUUGUUGGUCCAACCGAUCUGCUAUCUUUAUUAAAUUAUUUUGAUAGCUGCAAUAUACUAUUUGAUGAAUAGGACUAAAAAGGAAUGGAGUAGUUCCAAAAUUAUUUGAAUCAAGAUUACUUUUCUUAUUAAAAAAUUGAUUAUUUGUAGAGAUAGUUCGCUUACAAAAGGAAUUAAGAUAAAAUGCGUGAAUUAUUGGACUAGAGUUAUAACAGUGCCUGGACAUUAGAGUUGUGUUCGAGAUAAGUAUUGCUCUAUGAAUAUUUUAACAUACCUUUAUCAUAGGCAUUUAAAGAUAAAUUUUAAUCAGCUAUUGAAGAUUAUGUUUUAAAAAAGAGAUCCCAGAUUGAAUAAAUAUAGUUUUAUAAGUGUAUUGUUUAAGCCAAAUGGGAGAAAAACCUUAAAUAGGAACACAUGAAUUUUUACAAUGAAGGUCAAAUUUAAUCUUAGAGAACGAGAAGAGAAUAAACCAAGAAUUUAAGACUAUCCUCAUUUUUAGAGUAAGAAAUCACAAACGAUAUUUUACAAUAUAUGCCCAAAACAUUUAUUUUGCAAUCUAAUCAAUAUAUGAAUGGUAUGGAAAUUGAUAUCGUCAUAACCAAUCAAAAAGGAGAAAAAUUAUAUUUCUAAAUUCAUGGUCAGACUCACUUUUAUCAUGCUUCGACUAUUUACAAUUACAAAACAUUAUUGGAGACAUUCUAUUUAGAAAAACUUGGGAAGCACAGGGCCAUUAAUUAUUAUGAAACAGAAGCAGUGUGGAAAAGUCAAAGAGAAAAAGCAGUGGAAAAAUUAUUAAAAUGUUUAAUGUGA